AUUAGCGGGGCGCCAGCGCCGCGGAAGGCCCAAGGGCCUGUUCUGCGUGCGGCGCGCCUCGGGGAGACCCAGGCGGGCGCCUGCAUAUCAGCCGCGCGGCUACGGGGCGGCUCGGAAACCCCAGCGGACCGUGGCGAGGGGCGCGUGGAGCCGUGGGGUCGCGGAGCUGGGCGGCAGCAGGGACGGCUCCGAGCAUCACCGGGGUGGGCGAGCGGGCGGCCGGCGGGGCUGCCCGGCGCGGGUGUCCCGGCGAUGAGUGGCGCUGAAGCGGCGGCGGCGGCGGCGGGAGCAGCUGCGGUAGCGGGCUCGGUUUCGGCUUCGCAGCGGUGCCGGCGGCGGAGGCGGAGGCGCAGGCUCCUUCUAAGGACCUGGCGAGCCCAGGCCUAAGCGACGGCCCCGUGAGGCCCUUGCACGGCGCCCCGGGCCGGGGCCCUCCCAGCUUCGCCCUGCCCCGGGAGCCUGCCUCCCUGGCCGGGGAUGAGGCCGGGAGGAGGCUGCUGCGCGGGGCCCAGGACAAAGGCUUGUCCCCAGGGGCCGCCGCCGCCAGCCUAGCGCUGCCCGCCGAAGCCGAGGCGGCGCCGGGGCCCUUGUCUCCGCCGGUCCCCAGAAGCGGCUGCUGCCCGUCCCCCCGAGGCUCAGGGGCCCGAGCUUCGAGCCCUCUGCUCCCUCGGCUGCUAGGGGACCGGGCAGCUGCGCAGACUCCGCCGCUCUGGGCUGGGGGUGCCCAGCGGAGCAUGUCGGAGGAAAGCGACAUGGAGAAAGCCAUCAAGGAAACUUCCAUUUUAGAAGAAUACAAUAUCAAUUGGACUCAGAAGCUGGGUGCUGGAAUCAGUGGUCCUGUUAGAGUCUGUGUGAGGAAGUCUACCCAAGAACGGUUUGCGCUGAAAAUUCUUCUUGAUCGUCCAAAAGCUAGAAAUGAGGUACGUCUGCAUAUGAUGUGUGCCACACACCCCAAUAUAGUUCAGAUUGUUGAAGUGUUUGCUAACAGUGUACAAUUUCCUCACGAGUCCAGCCCCAGGGCUCGACUCUUAAUUGUAAUGGAGAUGAUGGAAGGGGGAGAGCUAUUUCACAGAAUCAGCCAGCACCGGCACUUUACAGAGAAGCAAGCCAGCCAAGUAACAAAGCAGAUUGCUUUGGCUCUACAGCACUGUCACUUGUUAAACAUUGCGCACAGAGACCUCAAGCCUGAAAAUCUGCUUUUCAAGGAUAACUCUUUGGAUGCUUCAGUAAAAUUGUGUGACUUUGGAUUUGCUAAAAUUGACCAGGGUGACUUGAUGACACCCCAGUUCACCCCUUAUUAUGUAGCACCUCAGGUACUAGAGGCACAGAGAAGGCAUCAGAAGGAGAAGUCUGGUAUCAUACCUACCUCACCAACACCCUACACUUACAACAAGAGCUGUGAUUUAUGGUCCCUGGGCGUCAUUAUCUAUGUGAUGCUGUGUGGAUACCCUCCUUUUUACUCCAAACACCACAGCCGGACUAUCCCAAAGGACAUGAGGAGAAAGAUCAUGACAGGCAGUUUUGAGUUCCCAGAAGAAGAAUGGAGCCAGAUCUCAGAGAUGGCCAAAGAUGUUGUGAGGAAGCUCCUAAAGGUCAAACCAGAGGAAAGACUCACCAUUGAGGGAGUGCUGGACCACCCGUGGCUCAACUCGACUGAGGCCCUGGACAAUGUUCUACCUUCUGCCCAACUGAUGAUGGAUAAGGCCGUGGUUGCAGGAAUCCAGCAGGCUCACGCAGAGCAGCUAGCCAACAUGAGAAUCCAGGACCUAAAAGUCAGCCUCAAACCCCUGCACUCGGUCAACAACCCCAUUCUGAGGAAGAGGAAGUUACUUGGCACCAAGCCAAAGGAUGGUGUUUAUAUCCACGACCAUGAGAAUGGAGCUGAGGAUUCAAAUGUUGCCUUGGAAAAACUUCGAGAUGUGAUUGCUCAGUGUAUCCUCCCCCAGGCUGGAGAGAAUGAAGAUGAGAAACUGAAUGAAGUAAUGCAGGAAGCCUGGAAGUAUAACCGAGAAUGCAAACUCCUAAGGGAUACUCUGCAGAGCUUCAGCUGGAAUGGUCAUGGAUUCACAGAUAAAGUAGAUCGACUAAAACUGGCAGAAAUUGUGAAGCAAGUAAUAGAAGAGCAAACCACUUCCCAUGAAUCCCAAUAAUAACAGCUUCAAACUUUGUUUUUUAAGAAUUUGAAAAAUUAUUCCUUAAUGUAUAAAGUAAUUUUUAUGUAAAUUAAUAAAUCAUUAAUUCAUUUCCACAUUGCUUAAGUUGCUAUAUAAACAGGAUUAGUGCAGUUACUGUUUGUUUUAAGAAAAGCUCAAUUUUUAGAGACAUACUAUUAAUUUAGGACUGUUCAGUCAUAUUUAAGAUAAUAGAUGGUACUGUCAAAUAGGAUUGUUUUAUUUAUAAUAAAGGAUUCAAAAACUACUUGCCAGAGGUAGAGAAAGGACCAAUUAUCCUGGUCUUUCUGCUUAGUGAAUAGUUGAAUCAAUUACU